AUGGCAUAAAAUAUAAAAAAUACACAAUUCGAUUUACAAAAGCAGAAUAUUAUGAAUUAUAGUUAAGUUAUUUCAAAUGAUCUUUAAAGCUAUAAAUUAGCUAAGUUUGUAUCUCAAAAUAAUAAGAUCAGAUGUUUAAAUUUGGAUAUAAUUGAGAUAUCUGAAAAAUCAAAAUUAAUAUUAUAGUAAGCAUUUAGUUUAGUCUUGAGCGUAGAAAACCUUUAGACAUAAAUUAGGAAAAAUGAAGAUUUGAAAAUCUUUAUCGAUUUAUUUUAAAACCAAAGUUUAGAUAUUGAAUCAAUCAAAAUAUUAAAAUUAACUUUGAACUCUUUUGUAAUAAGUUAAGAUCUUUCAAAUAAACUAUGUAAUUUUAUUGAUAGUUUAAGAAGAUUAUCUAGUUUAACAUUAAUAGUUGAGCUCCAAACACCUUGUUAAUUUUUGUAGAGUCUUGAAAACUCCUUACAAAGCAAGAGACUAAAAUAGUUAAAAUUAUUUUUAAGCAGUUUGAAUAUAUAGUUGACUCCAUAAAAAAUAAGAAAAUAAACUAUCUUCAUAUGCCAUUAAAAUACUCAUGGCUAUCUAAUAUAUAGAAGACUAAAACAAAACAAUCAAUUUAAAAAAAUUGUAAACAUUUAGUUGUUGCUAGAUGGAAUUAAUGAUUUAAAAUAUAAAUAUGAAAAGCAAAUUAUUUAUUUAUUUAUUUAUAUUUAAUGUAACCUUAAUUAAUUAUUUGAAUAUGUUAAUUAUAGUACUCCACAUAUCAAAAUAUUAUGCAUUAUUUAUUUUGAAAGGUAUUAUGGAAUGAAUUACAAAACUUAUAAAAAAUAUUUUAAUUUUUAUUUCUCUAACAAGAAUUAAUAAAUUUAUUUCUAAUUUCUAAAAAACUAAUUUCUAUUUUAUUUUUUGAUAAUAUUUUUUACAAAUAUUUGUGGUAAUUAAUAUAAAAUAAAUGAAAAAAAAAAAUAAAUAUUUGAUAUAUUUUAAUAAUAAUAUUUAAAAUUUAAUUAAUAUAAUACCUGGUAAUUUUUUUAAAGGAUAUAACAAGUAUUUUAAGCAAUUAUUUUCAUUUUUUAUGAUACAUUUUUAUAAAUUACAAUUUAGCUUCAAAAAAGAGAAAAGAGUCCUUUUAAAUUAUUAGUUUAAAGUCAUUCAAUAAUAUACUUGUUAAAAAAUAUCAAAUAUGGAAAAUUAAUUGAAAAUCAGCAAUUUUGCUUAAAAUAAGUUAAAUAAUUUUUAUUUUUUGAAUUAUUAUGA